CCUUCCCCGGGAAAAGUUUCGCGAUGUCACACACUAAUCGUCCCUCCCAUUUAUUUAAUUGAAAAAAAUAAAACAAAAGCUAAUUGAAAUUCCCUUGGCCUUGGCAAUUCAAUCAAAUUCCGAAUGCAAAUGAACUCAAAGUCAAAACCAACAUCGAUUAGGGUUUUCGGGCAGCGAACUAUUGCUUCAAGCUUCGGCUCUCUCCCAUGCAAUCCAUCUAACGAUUCUGAAGGAAGUGUGAGAAAUCAAGCUUCAAAAAAGAGCCAGUCCAAGCAUGUCUCGCUUUCACACUUCCUCGACCGCAGGCUACCAAAACCUUCUCUACUCCCUCAAACGGUUCCGGGAACAUCGACGCCCUUUCUUUCACCUUUGAGUUUAAGAGUACCGAAAGGUGAGGAGGGUGGAGCUGUCAAACAAGUUGAAGAAGAGAGAAAAGAUGUCGGUGAUGAAAAGGUGAUUUUUGAAAGGUUCAAACAUACUGAAGACGAAAAAGAAGACUUUGUUAGUCCAUUUGGUGUUGAUGAAUUAGAAAAUUCAGUGGCAGAUGAUAUUCAAGAAUCAAAGAAAAGGAAAAACCCAUUUCAAGCUGGAAACGAGAACCAAACUGUUCGAGAGCAUGUGGUAGUUCUUGGAGGUGAAUCAAAGUUGAAGCCAAAAGGACAAAUUGAAAAUAACUCCAGCAACAAAAAGCCAAGACCUCUUUAUAAUCACUAUGCAAAUGGUCGCGGCUGGUGGGACUACGACAUGGAAGGGGUUGACAACGAGGAAUUGGGCUUCAAUGAAGUAUGGGAGGGGGUGGGAUCCACCUCACUUGGAGGAAUAGUAGACUGGCAUUGAUUUUGAAUUUU